GCGGGGAAUUUCGAGUGGCUGAGGAGCGCAGGAGACCAGUGGGUAGCGGACCCCCUCAGUUUCUUUAGAGGAGACCAUGGACUCUCUGGUCGAGCCCCGGUGGCCUCCGGCCCUGGCAGUCAUGAAGACAGUAGAUGAUUUGCUGCGGUGUGGAAUUUGCUUUGAAUAUUUCAACAUUGCAAUGAUGAUUCCUCAGUGUUCACAUAACUACUGUUCUCUUUGUAUAAGAAAAUUUCUGUCCUAUAAAACACAAUGUCCAACUUGUUGUGUGACAGUCACAGAGCCGGACCUGAAAAAUAACCGUGUUUUAGAUGAACUGGUAAAAAGCUUGAAUUUUGCACGGAAUCGUCUGUUGCAGUUUGCCUUAGAGUCACCACCCAUCUCUGCUGCUUCCUCCUCUUCAAAGAACCUGGCCACCAAAACAGACACUGCUGUAGCCUUCAGACAUUCAUUAAAACAAGGAAGCAAGUUAAUGGAGAAUUUCUUGAUCAGAGAAAGUGGUGGUUCUGCCUCAGAGUUGUUGAUAAAAGAGAAUGAAAGCAAAUUAAGCCCUCAGAAAAAGCCGAGCUCUCCUGCGAAGACCAGAGGGACUCCUUCUGCAGAAAAGUCAGCUCCAGGUUCCUCAGAGGACAGUGUUCCUGAGACACCCUCUACAUCAGCCUUGAAACAGGCUACUAAAGUGGAUUGUCCUGUUUGUGGGGUUAAAAUUCCAGAAAAUCAUAUUAAUAAGCACUUGGACAGCUGUUUAUCACGUGAAGAGAAGAAAGAAAGCCUCAGAAGUUCUGUUCACAAAAGGAAGCCGCUGCCUAAAACUGUAUAUAACUUGCUCUCAGAUCGAGAUUUAAAGAAAAAGCUAAAACAGCUUGGAUUAUCUGUUCAAGGAAAUAAACAGCAGCUCAUUAAAAGGCACCAAGAAUUUGUACACAUGUACAAUGCCCAGUGUGAUGCUUUGCAUCCUAAAUCAGCUGCUGAAAUAGUUCAAGAAAUUGAAAAUAUGGAGAAGACUCGGAUGCGUUUUGAAGCUAGUAAACUCAAUGAAACUGUAAUGGUUUUUACAAAGGACCAAACAGAAAAGGAAAUAGAUGAAAUUCACAGUAAAUAUCGUAAAAAACAUCAGGAUGAAUUUCAUCUUCUGGUGGAUCAAGCCAAAAAAGGAUACAGAAAGACUGUUGGAAUGUCCAAAAGAAAAGCAACAAAAGGAGAGGAUGAAUCUACAGAAAAACUAUCCUCUGUAUGUGUGGGACAGGAAGAUAAUAAAAUGAAACUAUCGGAUACACCCUCGGUAAAAACAAACCGCUUCCCUCAAUCAAAGCUGGACUCCCCAGGGAAACUAGAGUGUGACAGAGAAGAUGAUUCUUCCAGUUGUACUGAUAUUCAAGAGGAAACUCUUUCUUCAUCAGAAUCAGAUUCAUUCAAAAGUUCCAGUUCAGACAUCAUAAGAGAUCUUCUAGAAGAAGAAGAAGCCUGGGAAGCAUCACAUAAAAAUGAUCUUCAAGACACAGAAAUAAGUCCUGGACAGAAUCGUCGCACAAGGUCAGCUGAAAGUGCUGAGCUUGAGCCAAGAAAUAAGCGGAACAGAAAUUAG